AAAUUAAUUGCGCAUCACUACCAGUUUUCUCACUAUAUGAAGCUUAACCCAAGCCCAGCCACUCGGUCGAGCCCAUAAUGAAGAGCCCAAUUAAGAUAAGAUGGCUGCUAAAGCACGUAACUUUUUCAAGCUUACCACCGACAGACCGAAUAUUUAUAGCCCUCCUCACCUUCCUCCCAUUUCUUCUUCCCCUCGUUUUUCAACGUCAAUCCGAGCUCAGUAUCUCAAUCAUAGAUAAGAGAGGGAGAGAGAAAAUGCCAGGGCUCACCUGCAACGCUUGCAACAAGGAGUUCCAAAACGAUGCCGAGCAGAAGCUCCAUUACAAGUCCGAAUGGCACCGCUACAAUCUCAAAAGAAAGGUUGCUGGGGUUCCUGGGGUAACAGAAACACUAUUUCUAGCUAGACAAUCUGCCCUGGCUGAAGAGAAGAAUAAGUUGAGUGAGACCCCUAUGCUAUAUACCUGUGGUCUUUGUGGUAAAGGAUAUAGAAGUUCCAAGGCUCAUGCAGAGCAUCUCAAAUCACGAGCUCAUAUUUUGCGAGCUUCUCAAGGAUCAAAUCAUCAGGAUGGGGGAAAUGUAAUAAUCAAGCCAUUCACACGCCGUGAAAAGAAGCUACCUUCUCAAAGGGAGGCAGACAAUGAAGAAAGUGAAGAUGAGUGGGAGGAGGUGAACCCAGAGGACUCGAUUAGUGAGGCCACUAAGUCUUUGAAUGGUUUGAAUGUAAAUGAUUUGGUGUCUGAUGAUGAGAUGAAUGAGGAAGAUGAUGAUGGCAGCGAGUAUGAAAAUGAGUUGGAUCCAUCCUGUUGCUUUAUGUGCGAUCAAGAGCAUGAGAAUAUAGAAAGUUGCAUGGUUCACAUGCACAAGCAGCAUGGCUUCUUCAUUCCUGAUGUUGAGUAUCUUAAGGAUCCAAAAGGCCUACUUACCUAUCUUGCUCUUAAGGUCAAAAAGGAUUUCAUGUGUUUGUACUGCAACGAUAGGUGUCAUCCGUUCAACAGCUUGGAAGCAGUAAGAAAGCAUAUGGCAGCAAAAAGUCAUUGUAAAGUUCAUUAUGGUGAUGGCGAUGAUGGUGAAGAAGCAGAGUUGGAAGAAUUCUAUGAUUACAGUAGCAGUUACGUUGAUGGUGAAGGCAAACAACUUGUUGCAUUGGAUGAUAUGAGCAACACUGUGGGACUUGGAAGUGGCGGUUCUGAGCUUGUCAUAACCACGAAAACUAGUAAUGGUAUCUCGACGAAAACACUUGGAUCCCGAGAAUAUAUGCGGUAUUACCGCCAGAAGCCACGCCCUUCCCCGACAAAUGCUAUUGCAAUCACUGCUGCCUUGGCUGCCAGGUACAGGAGCAUGGGGUUGGCAACCGUGCAACCAAGGGAACAAAUGGUGAGGAUGAAGGUGAUGAAGGAGAUGAACCGGUCAGGGGUGGAGGCCAUGCGCAGUAAGAUGGGCAUGAAGAGCAAUGUCAUUCGGAACCUUCCUAAGAAUGUCCCCUAUUAGGUCUUGGGGGCAAGCUUCCUAAGUUUCUUUACUCUCAUGAGUAUAUUUGUUUUCCCUGCUUUAUAUAGAACUUUUCUUAUUAAUAUCUUCUUUUUUUUUUUUUUAAUUUCACCUUUCUUUGAGAUAGUUAAAAGAACUUGUAUUUAUCUUUUGGAAUUUACCAUGCGUGAUUUUAAAAAAGAAAUUGAAUGACCCCCCAAAGAUCACUGCAUUUAACAA